UCGAGUCACGUAUAUAUAAAGACGGUGUGACUCCAAGCGAAGAGUUAACAACUUUCAACUCAGUAUACUUAUUGUGAACGUUGAACUAAAAACGGUAUCAUGGUCUCCCUCGCCUUCGUUUGCUUCGUGAGCUGUGUCUUCUCUGGGGCGUUCACACAGACAGCGUCAGACAUCCCGACCUUGACUGAUUCACUCCUGGGUAUAGUUGCUGCCAUAGACACUAAUGGGGAUGGACAGAUGACCAUACCAGAAAGACAGGCCGACUUCCGAAACAACUUUGACACCAAUAACAACGGCUGUGUGGAGGGCGAUGAGUUCAUAGCAAGAUUUACAGCGCUUAACUUCACCUCAGACUUCGGAUCCUACGUCUUCUGGUCAGUGGUCACUCGAAAUGGUGACCUGGACAACCCUACCUGUGUUGGGUUCAACAUAAGUGGAGCGCGGACCGCUCCUGAGAUCGUGCUCAUCAAUGCCAACAUAGCCACGCUCACAGGGUGGUGUGAGAACAACCCAGCUCUCUACGUCAGCAACUCGGACUGCAACCAACUCCCCCGUGCCUGCAGUCUCCCCACCCUAGGAUGUUACUAUUCUUGCUUCAACUACACACUCAACAUCGCUAGCCAACACCUGGGACCUCCCAUCGCCUUGCCCGUGUUGUCACAAUUCCAGCAACAGAUGACGUUUGAGCAAGCUUUCGACAACCUCAUUAGGACAAACGACCAGAACGGAGAUGGUGUGAUUACCCCUGCCGAGUUUGCCAAAGAUGUAGCGAUCUAUGACACCAACAAGGACGGCUGUAUUGACCAGUUGGAGUUCACAGCUAGGUGGAUGUUCGUCCGCUGUGGCGGUCUGGGUCUGUCUCGGGAAUUUGCUGAAGAACGCUUCAGUUUCCUCGUCCCGUUUGUCGGAGGACCGUUUCCUAAUUGUAACGGAAUACCUACCAACUCUUUCCAAAGAGACUUCCCUACCGACCCCUUCAUCAACAGCCAGAUACAAACUUUGAUCAAAACUUGUGAAGCCGACAGAAGCAGGUACCAGACAGUCAAGGACUGUAACCAACUCCUAGAUUUCUGCGUCUACUCGCCCAAGUACUCCGCCUACGACGGCUGCAAAACCUACAUCAACGGGGUCAUCAAGGGCAUCUACGGAUUCGCUUUCUAGACCUUUAACCAAUUCCUAUCCACCCCCCCCCCCUCCAAUAGGAUGUGUUUAGCUUGCGAAGCAAUUCCUGAAUUAUGUAGAAAUAAAAGAAAUAUACAUGUAUUAUAA